AUGCCUCCCAUUUCCACAAUUUUAUUUAUUUUAUUAAUUAUCAUAACAAUUAUAAACAUUUCCACUUCCGAUGUUUGCGAUAAACUCAAGGAUGACAAAACUGCUUUUAAUUACUGUAAAAAGGUCCAUGGAAAUCGAGAGGAAGAAAAUAAACCGAAGAACCCAAAACUUAGAACGAAAAUGAGAAUAUCUUAUACACCAAGAUAUGAAUUGGCUUGUAUGUCUUUAGGCUGUAUUUGUCAGUAUUAUGGGGGCAAAUCAAGUAAUCGAGCAACUAAUGAUUGUACCCUUUCAAAUGGCCAAAAACUUAAAAAAGCAAAACGCAAAGAAUGGAGAAUGUUAACAGAUCAGGAAAAAAUGGAUACAUUUGCUGCAAUUGCAGAAAUGAAAAAGAAUGGGGAAUUUGACUAUCUGGCAAGAUUACACAAAGAUGCUUUUGAAGCUGGAAAGUGGCAUGGAUGUACAUCCUUUUUCGUUGUUCAUAGAGAAUUUCUUAAAAGAGCCGAAAUAAUUUUGCGUAAAAUAAACCCAAAUAUUAGUAUGCCUUACAUGGAUGUUACUUUGGAUGCUCGCUUGCCAAAUCCGGCAGAUUCUAUUCUUUUUACUAAAGAGUUCAUAGGUAGUACAGAUGGAAAUGGUAAUGUAAUUGAUGGACCUUGUGCAAAUUUUAAAACACUUCAAGGCGACCCUUAUAUUACAAGAAAUGUUGGUAAAGAAGGUGGAAGAUUAAUGAAUGAAGAUGAUGUUCAAUGGAUUCUUGGUCAGACAAAGCUUGAUAGUAUAAUGACAUAUACAGUUCCUGGUGAUAAAUGUCCUUGUGAAAUAACCAAUAAAUGGCCAGAAAUAUUUGAGAAAUGGCGUUAUAUGCACCAAACUAGAGAACAACGUUGUACUGAAUAUCCCAAAGAUAACCCUGAUUGUUGCCCUGUUGACCAAUACAGAAAUUCGUCAAUGUAUUUAAUGGAACCUUUAUUAAAUUGUGAUGGGCUAAAAAAUGAAUAUAAUGACAAUAUGUAUGAAUAUGAAGAUAGAAGUGUUUAUACUUGUAAUGCUACCACAGAAUGUUCAUCAACGUAGGAGAUAUAAAUUUGAGAAGAGCUUUCUUAUAUUCCAUUCAGACUCUCCUUUUCUUUUUGAGACACCGCCUAUGUUCCUUUCAGCUUCGAAUUACCUCAAAUGCUCUCUUCGGACACCCGUGUCUUCCCUUAAGAUUUCCUCUAAUAUUCCUUACAAAUUACCUCGAAUUUUCCCUACAGAUUAACUCCUUCGGUAUAUCGCU